AUGACCAGGUGGGCUCUGCUGGUGCUGAUGGUCCUGACGUGGGGCAGGGCCCUGCUUGUCCCUGACCCUCUGCCAGCCUUCCAGAACACUUCCCAGGCCACUCCCCACCCCGUGACUUCGGAGAGCACCUCAGCCAGCACCGCGGGCCCCUCCAGGGCUUGGGGCCACCCCAGCCCCGGCCCCCGCCCGGGUCCCCGCAUCACCCUCUCACUGGAUGUCCCCAUUGGCCUCCUGCAGAUCUUACUGGAGCAGGCUCGGGCCAGAGCUUUGAGGGAGCGGGCUGCCACCAAUGCUUGCAUCCUGGCCCAGGUUGGCCGCCGCUGA